AUGCCGCACCAGACCAUGGACGCACUCGACAAAGUAGCUGGUGGUGAAUUUGUGGCUAUCGGGGCAGACAGAGCAGAGACAGCCGUUAGUGCGGUGCGAGGGCCAACUAUUGCCUCAACUUCAAAGCUUGCAUUUACGAAGCCAAUAAGUGAGACAAGGGACACGUCUCAAGACGCCCCAACCAAUUCUUCUGACGAAACUCAAAAAGAAAAGUCCACAAUUAUAAGGGACAAAAACGAAUCUCAGAAGGUACCUAUACCGGAACCAGAAGAGGAGGCAAGCUCGAGUGGCAAACCCGAAUCUACGUCCGAGAUCACUGAACCAACGCGCAUAAAUGACAAAACUUCUAAGUGUGAUACCAUGGCUAUAGAUGUUAAAAUCUCCCUGGCCGAUGAUAGAAAUAUCACUACCCAAGCUGUAAUAGUUAAGAUGUCACAGAAGUACGACUUAAUAGUCGGAAUGAGUGAUUUACUCACUUUAGGUAUAACCGUAACUGGUUUACCAGAUAACAUAGAUCCAUUAAAGGAUCAAUCAGACGACAGCUGUGAAACCAUAUAA